AACACACAGAUCGAAGGCCACUGGAAAAAAAGGUUGUGCUGACGCUGUUUUUUUACAGUCCGCUGAAGGCGAAAGAAAUAUCAUUUUGAAUUAAAAAUUGAACGCGUUCGGUGUCGUCAGAUUCGGGUUAUUAAAUAUCCCUGCUAUUUUGAACAUACAAUAUACCGAUAGGUCGAUAUAGGACUCAAUCGAUGUAUUGAAGCCGCUGCCACAUUCAAUUGAAAGCGUGGUUAAAUACAAGCUGUGCGCAUUAAGGAAGAAAACAUCAAGAAAACGAGGAAAUAAAAUAUCCAGCUACGAAAAUGAGCGCAAAUGUAAACGAAGCGUCUUCCCCAGGUACCACGAUGGGUACCAGCACCGACGACAUCGAUCUCGUGGUGCUGGAUAUGGGACGCCUCUGCAUGAACGAACUCUACUCGGACGUGGAGUUCUUGGUAGAGGAGCAGCGGCUACCGGCCCACCGCAACAUUCUGGCGGCGCGCAGUGAGUACUUCCGUGCCAUGCUCUACGGGGACAUGGCCGAAUCAAAGGAGCGGGAAAUUCGAUUGGAGGUGCCAGUGGAAACAUUUAAAAUGAUCAUGCGCUAUAUUUACACGGGCACUCUGCCACUGUCCACACUGGCCGUGGAGGGCAUUAUAGGUGUGCUCGAAUUGGCCCAUCUGUACGGAUUGCAGAACGUCGAAGCGGCCAUAAAGAAACAUCUGCAGCAGAAUCUGGCCGUCAGCAACAUCUGCAUGAUCCUGGAUGAAGCGCGCCGAUAUAGUAUGGACGAGCUGACCAAGGAAUGCCUCAAUUUUAUGGACCGCCAUCCGUCCGAUCUGCUAAACCAAGAGUCCUUUGAAAGGCUGUCUAAGGAAUCACUUGAGAAAGUCCUACAACGGGACACCUUCGUUGCUCCCGAAGUUGAAAUCUUUAAGACUUUAUGCAAAUGGAGGCUCUUCAAUCCGAGCGUGGACAUCAAGACUGUGAUCUCACACAUACGUCUCCCGCUAAUGACUUUCAAAGAGCUGGUGUAUGUGGUGCGGCCCACUGGCUUAUUCGAGCCGGACCAAAUACUCAACGCCAUUGAUCAAAAAUGUUCCGGAAAUAUUCUGCCCCACCGUUGCACCGUGCUGCCUGGGGAGGAAGUAAUAUUCCACGGGCGUUAUAAGUAUGUAACUAAAUCGCAUCUCGAAGAGGGGUCCGUAAUCAACUGUAUGACCGUGACUGUUUCUGGUGAAGGUAAAUGGAAGGUAUUUGUAAAUAGCUCCGACAUCUGGAUCUUGGUGAAUACUUUCGAUUCGGGGCCCAAAGGACUCACGAAGGAAAUCCACUUUAAGAAGCGUCCCGUAGGCAAAAUUUCUAUUUAUAGAAUUAAUACAAGCUCGAAUACACUACCUGAGGUGAAGAUCAUUCCCAAGUAUACUGUGUAG